GACCACUCAGCACGUACAAACGUCCAUAACCCAAGCAAUCAUCCUCCACGUGCGCGGUCAUGAGCGGCGAGCCGGCAGAGGCGACUCCGGCAGUGGUGGUGGUGGGUUCGCGGUUCUGCGCGCCGGCCGCCACGGCGUUCGCGGUGACCAAGACGAUCAGCGUGACGGGGCGUGACUUCACCGUCACGGACGCCCACGGCGCGGCGGUGAUGCAGGUGGAGGCGGCCGUCUUCAGCUUCCUCCAGCACCGCUCCCUCCUCCUCGACGCGGCGUCGCGCCGCCCCGUGCUCACCCUGCAGGACUCCACCUACCUCGCGAGCACGAGGUGGGAGGCGUACAGGGGGGACAGCACCAGCCGGAGGAAUCUGCUCUUCGUCGCGGUGAAGACCGCGCCCGUGCAGCUCGCCAGGACCAAGGUGCGCGUGUUCCUCGCCGGCAACGGCUCUGGCGAGCGGGUCCCGGACUUCGUCAUCGGCGUGUGCAUGGUCUCUGCUGGAGGCGGCGGCGGCGACGACUCCGAUGGCAACAUCGUCGCGCGGAUCAGCCGCCAGAACACGGCCGGCGGCGCGUUCCUCGGGAGGCACACGUAUACCGCGAGGAUCAACCCCGGCGUCGACCAGGCGUUCAUCCUCGCGCUCACCGUGAUUCUCGACCAGAUGCAUCACUAGCACUGGAACUAGCCAUUGAUCAAUCGCCGCAGCUUCGUUUGUAAAACAUUUGUCGAGAUAACAUCAUUUUCGUUGUGGAAAAUCACUAGCACUCGACCAGGUGUUUUUUUUUCUUCAUUUGCAAGCAAAGGACAUAUCCUUGGGUUGU